CUGCAGUUGCCGCUCUGGCGAAUACGGCGGCUGAUUAAGGUUCUGGGGAGCGCGCGCGAUAGGAUGGGGAGAUAUAAACCCACCACUCUGACAUCGCCAGUGACCUAGGGCCGAAUAUCCCCAGUGCGAGACUUGGACACGGAAUACACCCAAGCGCGCAAUGCAAAACGGGGAGAAGAAACCCUUGGUGACGGAGCACACGGGCUUUUGGCAACUUUUUAAGCGGAAUUGGCAACCUACUAUAGUUUAUUGUGGUAUUUUUCUCGGAUUUGGAAUAUGCGUGGCGUUCCUUGGGCCUACUCUGCUGGAUCUUGGAUGCCAGGUUUCCGAGGACAUGAGAAAAAUGAGUCUGGUGUUUUUUGCCCAACUUCUAUUCGUCUUGAUCGGAUCAAUGUUUUCCGGAUAUCUCGUAAACAGCUUCUCACUUUCAAUGAUUGCCGCCGACCUGAUGCUAUUCACGGCGACCCUCCUUUUACCCGUGUGUAUGGCUAUCAUCCCGUUCUGCAAGGCUCUAUGGUUACUCGCGGUGGUCCUUGCCGUCAUGGGACUCAACAUGGGCUGCAUCGAUUGCUUGGCGAAUGUUCAGAUGAUCAAGACGUUUGGGGAGUCAGUCACACCAUUCUUACAGGCCAUGCACUUUUUCUACGGCCUCGGAGCAUUCGUCAGUCCAAUGAUAGCAGAACCCUUCCUACUCAACACAGAUUGCUCGGGCAUGGUGCACAACUUGGCCGCCCUGAAGGCCCACAAUAUGACCAUUACACUAAUUAGUCAACUCCCGCACCAAGUCCUGGCGAACGAGACGGGAGUAGAGGAACAACUGCACGAGGCUCAAGUUGAAACACAUAUCAGAUACGCUUUCUGGAUCAUGGCUUGCGUUAUGAUUCCCAUUCCACUGCUAGUGGGCAGCCUGAUAAUAACCAGACGCAGCUUCACUCAGGCAUCACAUGAACGUUUGGUUGAGACAGAGAGUAACUACUCCAUAACCGAUGGGAAAACCAAUACAAACCAAACUAGUGAAAAACACACAAGUAAAGCAGGUUUAGAUGAAAAUGAUGGCGAAAAAUUUGUGUAUAUUUAUGAGCCUCGCGAAAUAGCUGCGCGGUCGGUAUGGGAAAAAUCAACAGAAUUAUUACCUUCUAAAGAAAGGUGCUGCGGGUCUAGUACAAGUCAAGUGGUUUUCCUCACACUGGCCACAGCAUUUAUGUUAUUCAUAUACGAUGGCUUACAGUCUGCCUUUGGUGGAUAUGUUUAUGCCUACGCACUAAAAAGUAUAGUUGGUUUGAAGAAAACUGAGGGUGCCUAUCUCAACGCAUGUUUUUGGGGCACGUUUUCGAUAGGUCGCCUUCUAUCAGUUUUCGUUGCAACGAAAUUUAGCCCGGCGUUCAUGUUAAUGUGCAAUAUAGGCGGAAGUUUAUUUUCAAUGAUUUUGAUGGUAUCACUCCGCCACGAUCACGUGGCGCUGUAUAUAGGCACGUGUAUGUUCGGCAUCUUUCUCAGUAGUAUCACGCCCACUGCUUUAUCCCUGGCGGAGCAGUACAUUGACGUCACAUCGUCGAUAACAGCGGUCAUCGUAACUUUGGCUGCUCUCGGGGAGAUGAUAUUACCAGUCGUUGUAGGGAAUCUGUUUGUUAUACUAGGCCCUGUUAGUUUCCUGGUGACGGGAGUUAUUAUGACUGUGUUAUCUAUCGGCGUGUUCAUGGUCAUAUGGUGUAUCGGGAAAAACUCACCUAAACAAUUAGCUAAAACAGAAAUGUCAAUGGUAUGGUGCCAUGCAUGCUGCCUGAAGCCCAAACUCGACCAUGAUGAAUCCCAGCCGCACACAGUCAAGUAUUACUCAAGGAUGUCGGAGAGCAACAGCAGUAUAGAAAUGGUUGACCAGAAAAAUGAAGAAAAGGUCAUGGACUCAUAGGUCAAGGUCAAGAUCAUUUGGAGCCACGCUUUGGUGCAAAUGUCAAGGUCACAUCGUUGACGAUGGAAUCAGAAAACGUCAUCAUUUGAUUAUUCUGUUUGGAGUGUGGAGUUCGGCGGAGUUUGGCGGGAAUCAGCCUUUGAUUCGGUUGACCAUAUUUUUCGACUUAUAUGUUUGGGGUACAUCAUGUGGUUAUUUCAAAUAGUUUUAUAGUAAAAAAGAUUGUGAAAAAUAGGAGUAUGAUGGCUGCGUUUUACAUUGAAAGUAGCAGACAUUUUGUGAAAUUCUUGAGUUUCACAUUUAGGUCAAUUUUAUUCGGAAUCCAGGUGGUAAUGACCUACUUUACUUUCUGUUGUAUUAAACUUGAAUUUCAAGAGCUGGUGGUCGGCUUCACAAAUUUAAAGGCUAUUACUGACCAAUUUUGAAAGUAAAUUUCAGGUAAAGAGACGUUCUUAUUCUCCAAAUGGGGUCACUUGAACCCCCGACAUGAUGAUGCAUUUGUGAACAUGUUAAUACUCCUCCUUAUAAUUGACCUGAGGCAGGGAGUGCCUUGCUAAAUUGAUGAUGGAAUACAAUAUUUCUAUUGGUUGUGCAUAAUAAACCAUGUGAUAGAAAAUGUUUUGGGAUGCUGUGAUUGGUUGUUAUGUUUCUUGUUAAAAUUUCCUCGGAAUACGUAUUGAAUGUAUGUAUAUCUUAUAAUUCAAACUGCGCUAUUGAAAUAACGGUUAUGGAGCUUUGGAAAAACCUGCUGACUUUUUUGGACGGCGCUAGUCAGAGAAGGUUGGAGGACGGGCGGCAAUAAAACAUAACUUUUUCGGGACUUUAUCUUCAAGUGAAUAUGAUCUGAUGAGGACACUGGUCGUUGUGAACGGAGUGCUGUGAUAUACCACGUUUGGUCAGUCUCAAUGUACAUGUAUUGUGUCGACGCUUUUUUUCCCGGUCUGGGCGUUUCGGUUCCACAAAGGCAUUUUACACGUAAUGUUAGUCUUUUGUCCAGGCGUAUCUCAACCGGGUAAAUAGUACAAAUGUACUGUAUAAUUGUAUCGUGCUAUUUUCUUGACAUUUUGAUGGUUCGUAGUUUUUCGCGAUGUAUGAUAUUCAAGUUGUGAUGUUGUAUCGAAAACAGAUUUCCUAUCAGUGCUUCGUUCUGCGAAGGGGGCAGGUGGUGACCGUCAAUUACGUCACGACUCCUCGGCUGUUUUCCUUCCCCUGAGAACUACACUGCUCCAAUGCACGCAGUAUAUUACUAAACCAAGUCGAGCAUUUUAGAAGACAGAAGAACGUUUUGCUGCAAUCAUUCAGUAACCUCAUUUAUUUAUCUGUGAAAAUGUCAUCACUACGUUUUCCGAAGAAAGGAUUUAUAUCCACCAAGAAAGAAAUUAUGUAUGUAAAAAUGUACAGAGAAACUUUGCGGCCGCGACGGAGUCCCGUAACGACGAAAACGGGUGUGACGUCACUGACGGGUCAUCAAAUGAGAAGGAGUGUUAUGAUGAGACUAGUUACACGUUUGUAUUGUAGUGUAUUCCGUUGCCUCUGUGAGGUUAGGAUAGAAACUAUUGUGUAUGCUCUCAUGAUGUCGUACCACACGACAGACGUCUGAAUUUCUACGGAACAGUCAGCACUUUCUUCGAUUUUUGUUGGAGGUAUAUCUUAGAGGUAGAAGUAAGUAAAUGGCCGCCAUGCCUUUUUACCAAUUUUUGAGUAAUUUCAAGUAUUUUCUUUUUGGGAUGCUUCAGAGGAGGCACGAGUUCAUUGUACAAAAGCCUACGUAUUUACAUGUUUUCUAAGCCUGACUCACUGACCACCCAAACUCCAAAAAUAGGGAGGUUUCGCAACCGCC